AAUUCCGCAUACCAUUCGCAUGAUGCCCGUCGUCAUCGUUGCCGUCUUUAGCCCCCCGAGGUACUGAACCCUUCCAAGUGGGCAAGGUACCUUUUCUACAAUUAGAAAACUCGACCAUCGAGACCAACAGACGAGCUUGAACUCAGCAGGUAGUAAGCACGGAUAUUCGCGGGCUAGAUUCCCGCAUUCUAAAAAUUGCUCGGUUAGGCAGUUGGCACAGUACAACCAAUCUCUAUUCCCAUCGGAUCUGCCGAGUUAGAGCCUCAAGGGGAAUACAGUCUCGAGAAUAUCGGGGGCGUAAAAGCCUUCAUGCGGUUCGAGCAAGACUCACAAGAUGCAUUCCGGGGAAAAUUCGGUGCUAACGAGUUACCAACUUGGAGGACGAAUCCUACAUCUAUCGGGCGAGUGGUUGAGGCGCGCUGCAUCAUGUACAUGGGUAUGUCAGGAUAGGCGUACCAUAGCGAAGUCUGUGUAUUUGUCAUCAUAUCAACUGCGUUUUCCAACUGCACCGCUACAUAGCAUGGGAAGUGUAAGACUCCGUCUCUGGUAGAAGUGGAGACACGAAGAAAACUUACAUGACGCCUAAGCGUCCCCUUAUGCAGCAUAGCCUACGUCCGCCAAUAGCCUACGUCCGCUAACUAUAAUGGAGGACUACGCAGCCGCUGGUCGACCGUUGAUAUGCAUGCUGAUGCCGAUGGUGCUUACGAUAGUAAUUCUUCCUACAAAACUCUUCUAUAAGUUACAUUCAAUCACCUUAUAAAACUUUCCAAUCAUUCUGCAAGUCAUUUCCACAGAAGAUCUUCAGAUCUUGUUGUCUACCCACACAAUGAAGGCUGUCAUCAUCAAAGAAAGGGGUGUCGCUGCGGUCGCAGACAUCAAACAGCCGGUGAUGCCACCCGACUACAUCAGAGUCAAGACGAUAGCGCUUGCUCUAAAUCCCACUGACCUCGACCAUACAGCUGUCGUAGGUCGCGUGGGUGGUAUUCUAGGGUGCGAUCUGGCUGGCAUUGUUGAUGAAGUAGGGAGUGAAUGCAAAUCUGAUGUGGUAAAAGGCGACAAGGUCUAUGGUGUAGCCCAUUGCGCUAACCUCAGCUCGGAUUUCGAUGGCGCGUUCGCUGAGUACGCCGUGGUGCGCGAUGGUCACGUCGCCAGAAUCCCCGAUAGUUCGUCCUUUGAAGAAACUUCUACGUUGGGCGUUGGCAUUACUACAGUUGGACAAACUCUGUACAUGACAAUGGGGAUUCCGCUACCUAGCGAGCAACCCCUCGAGGGUGCUCCCUUCAUUCUCGUGUACGGCGGUAGCACCGCUACUGGGACCCUGGCUAUUCAGUUCGCUAAGCUUUCCGGUCUUACUGUCGUCACCACUGCUAGUCCGGAGAACUUCGAUCUCCUGAAGUCUAGAGGUGCCGACGUAAUUUUCGACUACCAUGACGCUGACUGCGCGAGCAAGAUCAAAGAGUACACCAAAAACUCCUUGCAUUAUGUCUUGGACUGCGUCUCCACAGAGUCGAGCUACAAGAUUGUGGCCGAAGCACUACCAGAAAAGAUCGAGACAAAGACACACGUGGUAACUUUACUCCCCGCGGACACCUGGCCAAGAAAGGAUGUCCAACCCACCGUCGUUCUGGCAUACACGACUUUCGGAAAAGCAUUCUCCAAAUUCGGCAUGGAAUUUCCCGCGAUGCCAGCUACCUUCAAUUUUGGAGUCAAGUUCUGGAGAUUGAGCGGCGAGCUGCUUGCCGCAGGCAAAUUCAAACCGCACCCCAUAGCAAAGCGGCCCGGUGGUUUGAAUGGCAUUCCUCAAGGUCUUCAAGAAUUUGCGGAUGGGAAAGUCAAGGCUGUAAAACUUGUGUAUAGGGUAGACGAGACUAGCGCAGAUGCGGGCGCCACCAACACGUCCAAGAUUGACUCAAGUCUCAAAACUUGGGAGUAAUCACGGUUUUUGAAGCCGAAUUAAGUUAUAUACGACAAUCAGAAUAGUUUCAGUGUCUCUCGGGAAGGAAUACGGGUAUGGCCAUCAAUAUACUCUGGCCUAACUCACUGAACUCGAUAAGCGUCCGCGAUCAAGGCUCAGACAUUGAAUUCAUGCUUGCACAACAGAACUCUCCACCUACUGUCGAACUGAGCUGGGGUCACUCGCGGAAUAUAGGAAAGCAAAUUUCAUCGUUACUGCUAGUAGGGGAGACGGUGCGAAUGGAGACGCUACUUUCUGAUUUCGUUAUGGAGUAUAUGCUUGCUGCGGAGUUCCAUUCGAAU